CAUGUAUGCGAAGUUAUUUUAUGUGUGCUGCAGAAGAAAAACUUGAGGUUCGAAGUUGCUGCGGCGCCCUCUAUAGUUCAUGAUAGGUAAUAUAAUUAGUCGGGUUACCCAGCUGCAAUAUAUAUCAUGGUUAAUCGGGUAUGUUUCGUCUGGGUACACGCACCAUAACGGAAUCGGUCAGUUUUCCCGUUGCGAAGUUCCAGAUUCCAGGAUGGAGACUGCGGAUGAAACGUUGCGGCAGCAGUUCCAGGCGCUGCAGGAGCAACAGCAGCGGAAACUGACGAGACGGAAACAGAAACAGGAGGAGAAGAACAAGAAGGAAGCGGCCACCAAGGAGCAAGAGGGGAAGGGCGGGGCCAAGAAGAAGAAAGAGGGGGAGGAGUUGGGCGGCCUUGGGUUGAACGAUGACCUAGAUCUGAAGUUGAGUGAACCGGUCUCCAAUGAUACAGCGUACAAUGAGGAGUUGAACCAACGUCUCAAUGAACAAAUCAGGGAGCUGAAGGAUGAGACGGGGAGGUUGUACAAACUGCUGAGUGAGAGAGACUACGAGAUACGCAAACUCAAGAAGCAACGAGAGGAAGAUCGGCUUGCACUGGGUGGUGGAGGUGUUGCCAGUGACUCUGCGGCAACAAAGAUAGUGGAACUGUCCAAGAAGAAUCGCGAACUGACGGCGGAGCUCGAGAGCGAUAGGACGAAAGUCAAACAGCUCAUGCGUAAAGUCAGAGACACAGAAAAAGAGUUGGCAGCGGCUUUACAGCAGUCACAGAAUGGGGAGAGCCGAGGAAAGAGCAGCCACCAGAGAUCUGCCCUCACCAAGGAACAGUCCCAGGACCAGGCAGAGGCAAUGGCGGCCGAGGUGAAGACCCUGCAGGACUCGCUAGCCAAGAGCCAAGCCAAGCAGACGGACUUUCGCAAUCAGGUCAACAUUCUCAAACAGGAACUCAAAGUGGCCCACAAGGUUCUUGUAAGCGAGCUGGGAGACAACGUCAACAUUCAGAGCAUUAAGAACGACAGCAGCAGCUGGAGGGGCCGCGCCCAGCAAAUACUACUGCUGCAAAACAAGGUUUCUGAGCUGAAUCGGCAGUUGGAUCAGUUCAAGAGUCGUCCGGGCACUCAAAUGAGCCUAGAGGAACAGUUCAUGACCAUGGACGUCUCAGACGAUCGUUCCUCCCUGACGUCUGCCCUCCCGAGGAGCUCCAAAGGAGGGGGAGGCGGGGGGACGAUGGACGAACGGCAGAAGCUGCGUCUCCGGCAGCAGGAGAAGGGGAGAAGAGAAGAACAGGAGAAAGCCGUUUUAGAACUCAAGGCACUGGAGGAAGACCACGGCAAGCUGAAGGAGAAGUUUGAGGCGUCCAAGGCACGCAACAAGGUCCUGGCUAACGAAGUCAAGUCAGUCAAGCAGCAGCUCAACACGCUGCUAGACAAAGGAAAACACGACAAUGAACUGAUUGAAGCCCUGCUGAGCCAGCAGAGCCAACUGCAGAAGCACCUGGAGCAGAGCAGCAAGCAGCAUCAGGAAGCUCAGAAGAUGAAGGCCCAGGCCAGCCAAGAGAUGCAGCUGAGGAGCCAGCAAGACGCUAACACGGUGGAGCAAUUACGACUCAUCCUUAAGGAGAAGGAAGCCAAGGUUCGACAGCUGGAGGAGACAGUUCAGGAAAUGAGCACAUUGCAGCAGCAGAGGAUCCAGCUGAACGGUUACACAGACACACCCCCUGACAGACCCCAGAGCAGACCCCUGACCGUCAUAUCAGUGGACAGACCAGCCACGUCGGACAGGCACAGCGGCUUGUCGUUUGGUUCCCCAGCUCCUCCUCAAUCAAGGCAAGGCACAAGACCGCCAUCAGGCAGUAGAAGUGCCUCUAAACUGAGUAAUGGAGAUGGGUCAGGGAGGGUGUCAUCCAGGGGUGUGCGGCCAUCCAGCACAGGGAGCAUGACCUCAGCUUCAGGGGAAGGGUCAGAGGAAUGGAGGAGGCAGCUACAGCAAUACAAAUCACUGUGUCAGGUGGCCGAAGUGGAGAGAGAUAAACUCAUGGAGCUGGUGCAGAUACUGCAGAACAGGGCCGAUGACGCUAACAUCAAGACCACGGAGGCCCAGGCCAGCUUACAGGAGCUCAAGCAGCGCAACGUGUGGCUGGAGAAACAACUAGGCAAGGUCAAAGUGGAGAGUGGCAGCAACAGCGGCAAAGGGACCAAGAAGUCGUCAGCGUCUGCGACAAAGGCAGCGAGUUCAGGGAGUUACAUCACCGAUGGCGAUCUGGUGAAGGGGGAGUUGGCCCUUAGUCAGCAGACACUGGACGAGCUACAAACGAGGUUAGCCAUCAAGAUUGAUGAAAACGAUGCCUUGAAGUCGGCUGUCAAAAGCACCCUAAAGGUAAAAGAAGAAGACCUGAAGCUGUAUCACGAUAUGAUGAGACAAACCAAGGAGGUUUUCCUGCAGGGACUGCGGCAGUUUAGACAGAACGGAGGGAACAAUAGCUAGGAGGACUGGAACUAGGAGCUUAGCAGGAGAGUCAUGGAGGGGUAGCUUGACAUGAUGCGACAAAUCAUGGAGCUUUUCCUGCAGGGACUGCGGCAGUUUAGACAGAACGGAGGGAACAACAGCUAGGAGGACUGGAACUAGGAGCUGAGCAGGAGGGUCAUGGAGGGGUAGCUUGACAUGAUGCGACAAAGCAAGGAGAUUUCCUUCCAGGAACUGCGGCAGUUUAGACUGAACAGAGGGAACAACAGCUACGAAGUGUGGAUCUAUAGGAGCGUAGCAGAGUGGUCUUGGAUGGGUAGCUUGACAUGAUGCGAACAAACCAAGGAGAUUUCCAGCAGGGAAUGCAGCAGUUCAAGCAAAACAGAGCCAGGAUGACAAUAUUAUGAACUCUGAACUCUUGGAAUACCAAAUCGAUUUAGAGAAAAAUAAAGCCAACUUUAUAAUGUCCAAAACCAUCUCCAGCAGGUGUCAGUGUGAGUCGAUAUAUUAGGCGCGGGCGGGAUUACGUCAGCCGGUGAAAAUAUCUAUUCAUUUGCACACCAGUUUUCAUCGGUUGCUAUGUCACACCAAUCAGUACUCCAGACCCAUUGAGUUGCAAGAAAAUGGGUCAGGGAGCUAGAUAAGCCAAUACAUUCAUUCCUGAAUGUCCACGCCCACAUACAUAUGUGAUGCGAUCAAGCUAAAUGAGUCGUUUGUCGACCCCGGUCAAAGUUUGGUUUAUUACAGAGUUGAAAAGAGCACAAUCUCAGCAUUACUGCUGUGAAAACCGCAUGCUGAUACCAUCUUUAGUUUAAAAAUUAUGGAAGUCGGAACACCAAGAAAUGUGAUGAAGUGACGUGAUGAAGUGGCCCUAUUUUGGCCUGUAUCUCCAAAUGAAAAUUCCUGACAAACGACUCGUGUAGCUUGAUUGCAUCACAUAUGCUCACUGUGUGAAAAGAUUUAAGGGUUGUAGAUAGAGGAAGAUCUUGAAUCUGUAGAAUGACAAAAAUACAAACCAAAGACAUUUCUCCCCCCCCCCUUUUUUUUUUUUUUUUAAACUUUUUAUGGUAAUAGCGUCAGUUUUUGUGAUUUGUGUACUACAGUGACUAGGCAUAGCCAUAGACGACCAUACUCGGAUCAGACACACGCCUCAGAAAUCGUCUGGUGUGCGACUUGAAUCUAGAACCUCCUGAUCAGACAGUCCACCAAAUACGGUGCCUCAUCAAACGUGGGGCACUCAGAAGCUAUUAGACAGCAAAAAAUGUCACAAUACUAGCAACAUUAACAAGGCUGCUAACCCCAUAAACAGCCACUGGGAGUCACUCAGAGAAAAUGAGACACUUUUUAUUAGAUAUAAAAAAAAUAACAUUAUUUACACUUGCAUGAAAGAAAUAGUAAAGACUGAUAAAGCCAAUUGGGGCCAUUCCCUAUCAGCAAACAUCAGGAAUGUUGAUUCUUACUGCACUUUCCUUUGUCUUUGCACUUUUCAGUAAUUCAACAUCUAAUGGGGGUUCUGAUUGUUUUUGGUCAGUUGUUUGGAGACAGUUGUGUCUGGCUUGAGGAAAAUAGGCCACGGUGUCAAAAAAGUGAAGGCCUACUUAAGGCCCCCCCCCCC